GUGUGGUGAAGCGAAAGCUGGCAGUGAUAUAUCGUCUAUUUUUCAAGCUUCUUUUUUUCACCGGAGUUCCUCUCGUAGAAUUUCCAAAAGGGCUUACUUGUCAGAAGGUCUUCAGAAAAAAAACGGGCUUGAAAAUGACAGCACUUUCCAAUGCUGCCCGCAGAAGUCUGACUACAAAACUGCCUAGUGAUGUAGUGAUUCUCUCCUCAGUUCGCAGUCCCGUAACGCGAGCCUUCAAGGGAGGAUUCCGAGAUGCCUGGCCGGAGGAUCUCAUUGGACCUGUACGUACAUACCUAUUCCCAUGACAUUACUCACUAACACACCAUCCAAAACAGGUCAUGAAAGCAGCAGUCACACGCGCAAAAAUCGCUCCAAAAGACGUCAAAGAUGUCCUCAUCGGCAACGUCCUCGCCGAGUUGGGCUUCGCGAAAACGGGCAGGAUGGCACUGAAUCAUGCGGGCUUCCCUAAUUCCACUACUUUCCACACGGUGAAUCGACAGUGCUCGUCGAGUUUGCAGGCUGUUACGCAUCUGGCGCAUGCGAUUAUGGUGGGUCAGAUUGAGGUUGGUCUUGCGGGGGGUGUGGAGUCUAUGUCGAGGAAUUAUAAGGCUACGCGAGGGAUACCGCAGGAUUUGAGUCCGAGGUUGAGAGGGAGUGAGGUCAAGGAGGCGGCUGAUUGUAUUAUGCCGAUGGGGAUUACUAGUGAGAAUGUGGCGGAGAAGUUUGGGAUUACGAGGGAGAUGCAGGAUGAGUUUGCGUUUGAGAGUCAGAGGAGGGCGAGUGCGGCGAGGAGUGAGGGGAGGUUUGAGAGGGAGAUUGUGGGGGUGGAGACGGUGAAUGUUGGUGAGGAUGGGAAAGAAGAAAAGGUGUUGGUUACUAGGGAUGAUGGGAUUAGAGAUGGGUUGACGUUGGAGAAGAUUAAGUCUAUGAAAGCUGCCUUUAAAGAGGAUGGUGGAAGCACAGCUGGGAACUCGUAAGUGUCCUUACUUAGAAUUCAAUUUUACAUGAGCUAAUCUGAGGGAAAAGAUCACAAAUCUCAGAUGGAGCAGCAGCAACUAUCCUCUGUCGUCGUUCUUGGGCGGAUGCUCGCGGUCUUAAGCCCAUUGGUCGCUUUAUAGGAACCCAAGUAGCAGGAUGUGAACCCGCACUCAUGGGAAUAUCACCGAUCUACGCGAUCCCAGCUUUACUCAAACACACCGGGUUCUCACUAUCAGACAUCGAUAUCACUGAGCUGAACGAGGCUUUUGCAAGUCAAGCAGUGUACUGCAUUCAAGAAUUGGGGUUGGAUGAGAAGAAAGUCAAUCCAAAUGGUGGUGCGAUUGCUAUUGGACAUCCCACUGGUGCUACGGGUGCGAGACAGCUGGCUACUUUGAUGAAUGAACUGGAUAGGUCAGGGAAGGAAGUAGGUGUUAUAAGUAUGUGUGCUAGUACUGGGAUGGGAGUUGCUAGUUUGUUUUUGAGGGAAUGAUGGAUUUUGCUAUGAUAUUAUCUAGACUAUUCAACCCUCCAAAGUUCUGGAGCUACUCGAGUAAAUAAAUUCAAACCAUGAGUACCCUUGUCAUAAUCUUAAACGAGAAUGAGAAUAAAACAUCUCACUACCAGUAAAUAGCCCUCUAUCAAAGUUUCCCCACAUCAUGCGAAUCUUAGGUUUCCCCAACUCAUUAAUACGAAGUACAUGUUUCCUCAUCCAGAACUCAAUUCACACCUGGACUAUGGAGUCUGGACCUUCGGGUUUCAGGUACCCACCAAAAGCUCCUCCCCCACCAGGACUGCCACAUUUGCGGGGUUCGCUACAAGCCCCACCCGGUCGGUACUGUACUCAACACGACUACGUAGAUCGCGUCUCCCAAGACGUCAAUCCCAAGUGGAGGUACCGUACACAACCAGGACCCCAAACCGGGGUGUAGAGCAUACGUUACGUGGGGAUAAUUCGUAGGUGAUUUUCUUUUCUGUGUUGUCUUUCAUAUCCAUAUCCAUUCAUACAAUCACACAUACAAUUCCAACACGAAAGUGGGGUACUGUAUGACACAACUCUCAUUCUUUAGAAGAAAAACAUGAUAUCCAACACCUUCCGUCGUACCCUUUUAACCUCCUCGUCGUUUUUGAAGAUCGCUGGGAAGAGCAAUUGUAGGGUUUCUGAGAGGGUGACGAGGAUUUUGCAGAGGCGCAAGAUGAAUGUUUCGGCGAUUGAUUCGCGGAUUUUUCGCUCGUUGUUUGGGACGGAGGAGAUUAGGAAUGUAAGUCCCUAAUUUUUUUCUAUACAUAGUGUUGGUUGGAGGAAAGUAGGAUGUGGGAUUUUUGCUUCAUGGGUGGUGUUUCUUUAUGAUUACAUGUAUUGGAGUUUACGCUUCAGGAACUGGACCUUUCAAAAGAAGGAUUUCAUACUUCUAUAAUGACGGAGACUUAGAAACUGGUCUGUGAUUUUUCGGAUAUUCUGUAUUAACAAAAUCCUCAGGUAUUCUCAGACACAUCCUACAUGCACCACUGCAUCGCCGUCGAACUCGCCCUAGCCCGCGCCCAAUCAGCCCUCUCCAUCAUCCCCCCCCAAACGGGCGCAACCCUCACGCAAACCCUCAAGGACACCGCGCCCUCACUCAAUUACUCCAAGCUCGAGAAAGAAACCGAGAUAGUAGGCUACCCAAUCCUCCCUCUGAUAACGCAACUGCAAGCCCUCUCCGAUGGCGAAAGCGGCAAGUACAUCCACUGGGGCGCCACGACCCAGGAUAUCAUGGAUACCGCCUCGAUACUGCAAAUGAAAAAGGGACUGGGAAUUAUUGAAAAGGGACUGAGGGAUGUGAUUAAGGCGCUAGAGGGUCUGAGUGAGAAGUAUAGGGAUGUGCCGAUGGCGGGCCGCACGCAUUUGCAGCAUGCUCUCCCCGUGACUUUUGGGUAUAAAGCUGCGGUUUGGUUGUCUUCUUUUCAGAGACAUCUUGAGAGGUUGGAACAACUUAAACCGAGAGUCUUACUCGUGCAAUACGGAGGCGCGGCGGGAACUCUUGCAUCGUUGGGGAAUAAAGAUGAUGUGGGACUCAAAGUCCGCGCUGAGUUGGCGAAAGAACUGGACUUGGAGAAUCCAAGUAUUACCUGGCAUGUAGCCCGUGACGGCCCAGCUGAGAUUCUGAAUUUCCUCGCGUUACUGGGAGGUAGUUUGGGCAAGGUGGCGUUGGAUCUCAUGAUCCUUUCUUCGAAUGAAUAUGGAGAGGUUUCGGAGCCCUUCGUUCCUCAUCGUGGGGCUUCGAGUACGAUGCCGCAGAAGCGAAAUCCCAUCUCAAGCGAGCUGAUGCUGGCGGCAUCCAAGGUUCUCCGAUCCAAUGCCGGAUUGGGUCUCGAUGCCAUGGUGUCGGAUUUCGAGAGAGCUAGUGGACCUUGGCAUCUGGAAUGGGUUGCUGUGCCUGACAGCUUUGUCAUGGCGGUUGGUGCGUUGCAUCAAGCGGAUUUUGUGCUUUCGGGGUUGGUGGUGCAUGAGCAGGUUAUGGAGAAGAAUUUGAAGAGUAGUAGGGGGUUGAUUGUGGGUGAGGCGGUGAUGAUGGGGUUGGCACCUCAUCUUGGGAGAGGGAGAAGUCAUGAUGUUGUGUAUAAGGCGUGCAAAGAGGCGAUUGAGGAGGGGAAGAGUCUUUUUGAGGUGUUGGUGGAAGAGGAGGAGGUUGUGAAAUGUCUUGGUAAAGAGGGAUUGGGAGCCCUGUGUGAGGAGAAGGAGUAUUUGGGCAUGGCUGGCAGGAUGGUCGAUGAGGUCUUGGGAAAGAAAUAGGGCAUAUUGUUUGCAUAUAUAAGGAGUUUUGAGUUUUACAUGAAGGAUUCUAAGAAACGUCCAUUCCCAUAUGUGUGCAUGUUAAG